GAUGUCACUUCCGCCCCAGGGUAAGAUGGCAGCGCCCGGUCCUUGCCACGCAGACUUCCGCCUUGCCGGGAGACCGGCGGCCGGUGGUUGUUCUCGUCGGAGGUGAAGUCGUGACACUCGGCGCAGAGCCUCAACGCAGGAACCAUGUCGGAAGGGAACGCCUCGGGCGAGCCCAGCAACCCUGGAGGGCCGCGACCCCUUCUCUCUGGGGGCCGGGGGCUGAUUGGCCGGCGGCCCGCACCCCCGCUUACGCCGGGUCGCCUUCCCUCCAUCCGCUCUCGGGACCUCACCCUUGGCGGAGUCAAGAAGAAAACCUUCACCCCAAAUAUCAUCAGUCGGAAGAUCAAAGAAGAACCAAAAGAAGAAGUAACUAUGAAGAAGGAAAAGCGUGAACGGGACAGAGACCGCCAGCGUGAGGGCCAUGGACGGGGACGUGGCCGUCCAGAAGUGAUCCAGUCCCAUUCUAUCUUUGAGCAGGGUCCAGCAGAAAUGAUGAAAAAAAAAGGGAACUGGGAUAAGACAGUGGACAUGUCAGACAUGGGACCUUCUCAUAUCAUCAACAUCAAGAAAGAGAAGAGAGAAACCGAUGAAGAAACCAAGCAGAUCCUGCGCAUGCUGGAGAAGGAUGAUUUCAUCGAUGACCCAGGGCUAAAGAAUGACACACGGAACAUGCCAGUGCAGCUGCCACUGGCUCAUUCAGGGUGGCUUUUUAAGGAGGAGAGUGAAGAGCCAGAUGUUAAGCCUUUUUCGGCUGGCCCCAAGGAAGAAGACAUGGAAGUGGAUGCGCCUGCUGUCAAAGUGAAAGAGGAGCCACGGGAUGAGGAAGAGGAGGCCAAGGUGAAAGCCCCUCCAAGAGCAGCCAGGAAGACCCCUGGUCUCCCGAAGGACGUGUCUGUUGCAGAGCUGCUCAGGGAGUUGAGCCUCAUGAAGGACGAAGAGCUGCUGUUCCUUCAGCUGCCUGAUACCCUUCCUGGGCAGCCGCCCACUCAGGAUGUCAAGCCUGUCAAGACAGAGGUGCAGGGCGAGGAUGGACAGACGGUAGUCAUAAAGCAGGAGAAAGACCGGGAAGCCAGGCUAGCAGAGAAUGCUUGUACCUUGGCUGACCUGACAGAGGGUCAAGUGGGCAAGCUGCUCAUCCGAAAAUCAGGGAAGGUGCAGCUCCUCCUGGGCAAGGUGACUCUGGAUGUGACCAUGGGAACAACCUGUUCUUUCCUUCAGGAACUGGUAUCUGUGGGCCUUGGAGACAGCAGGACAGGGGAGAUGACAGUCCUGGGACAUGUGAAGCACAAACUUGUAUGUUCUCCUGAUUUUGAAUCUCUCUUGGAUCACAAACACCGGUGAAAUGGACAGAUGGAGAAGGAUGGUGACUGUGCCAUGACUGCACGUGUUCUCACGCAGCCUAGAAGGGGCCUUCUUAGCACAGCCAUUGCAACCUUUGGCAGCUGUAGUCCCAGUUUCCUCCGACUAGGGCUGGUGCUGCCCCCUCACCCCAGCAGCUGUGAAUGGGCCUUCACACAGCAUGAGUAUGGAAGACAUCUUCACCUCUGGGAACUUGACCCUGCUAUUUAUUUUUUUAUUUAUGUCUUAAUCCUCAGCUGACUGCGUUCUCCCAGAGAAGGAUGGGGCAGGCUUCUUUUUGGGGAACCAUGGGCUACAGGGAUGGGAAGGGGAGGGGCUCGAGUGGGUAGGAAAGAACAGGGAUGGGAUGGAAUGGAACUCGAGACGUAAGACUCAGUCCUAGCUCACUGGUUUCUAGUUCUGGGUCCUUGAACAAACUACCUAACCUAAGCCUCAUAUUCCUCACUCGGCAAACAUGAGGAUAAUACCUACCUCACAGGGUUGGUGUGAGGAUCAAAUGGAGUGUUGUAGAUGAGAACUCCUUGCACAAGAUCAGGCAUACAUUAUAUAAGGGUGUGUGUGUGUAUACACAUACAUACAUGUGUAUAUAUAUAUACACGUGUACAUACCCAUAGGCUUUCAAUAAAUGUUAGUUUUCCUUUCCUUUGCUCGAGUCUAUUUCCAAACAAAUGAACAUUAUACUCUGAAGAAGUCAGUGGUUCUGUUCACAUCCCUACUUUUGUGACUCCAUUGCUUUUUUUUUUUUUUUAACUAUUUCAGUGCUGAACCUGAGACCUGGAGCAUGCUAGGCAAGUGCUCUACCUCUGAGCCAUAAACCCCAGCUCUCAUUCAUCCUUGCUCUGCAUCCCAUUUCCACCCUGGACUGAAGGAAUGAAUGAAUGAAUGUUCGUGUCAGCUCUUCUGCAACUUCUAUCCCUGUCUUAGCCACCUGCUUCCUGUUGGCGUUUCUGUUGGAGGAAGUUAGAGGAGCCGUAUGGGUAGCCUUAUGGCACCCUGAAGGGGCCUUUAGGUGAUGCAGUAGGAGGACCCUUACUUGUUCACCCUCUCCUGCAAAGAGUGGCCAGUAUACUAACUCCUGGUCAAGAGAAACAUCUGGUCAGAAUUCUCGCUACACCUCAUCCAGUGGUACUUAAAAGAACAGCCUUGGUGAGAUUGGGGUUGACACUCGAUGGCAUGCUCCUACUUUAGAGGCUUGGUGCUUGAGCUGUUCUCUUCUGCCUCCUAGCGUCACUAGGUUACCAUGUCAUGCCUGGGUCCCACUGCCAUGCCUAUUACUUCCUUCACUGGGGAUCAUUGUGCUGCCCACGAUGCCUGGGAGAACAUCCUAGUCAGCAGGGCUGAAGCAUUUUCAAGUUGGAGGAAAGACACACCCUAGCGUGUGGCAUCUACAGUGAUGAAGCCCAGACUCAUUGAGGACUGCCAAGUUGUUCUAGAACCAUUAGAUACUUCUUGCAGUCUUUCUUCUAGUCUGGUUUAUUGAGCACAACUGGGGCUUUUCCUACAGAGCCUCUCUGGCUACCCAACCAGGUACCGUGAAGAGAUGGGAUAGUGACUACGUUUCUUGGAACCAGAAGCUCAUAUUCUGUCAGGGAGUGCUAUUUCUGUAUCUCAUCAUGGAGAACAGGAGAGGAAGGGGUUCCCUGGGAGUGUAUGCCAUGUAUGCUAUGGAAAUCCUGUCGGGUCUAAGGCAACUUUGAUUAGCUCUGGGCUCCAGCCCUUUAUGCUUUUAAAUAGCUGAUGUACUGCCUUUGGGUGUCUGUAGGAUCCUCUGUGUUCUCAUCUACAACCCCCUGCUUUUUUUCCCCCCUUUUUGGAGUCUCCUUGUAUCUAAAGAUGUUUUGUAUUUUGCAAUCCAUAGUUCUUUGUGAUUUUUAAAGUGGUGGUUGUUUUGGUUUUUUGUUUUGUCUUUUUCUUAAGUGAGACAAUAUCUCUGUGAGCUCAGUCUGGCCUCAAAGUUUCAACCCUGACCUGGCCUCCUGAGUACUUUAAUUAUAGGCAUGCACCAACCGUGGACAGAAACCCUUGGAUUCUUUGAGCCUUCCAAGAAGAUGCUUGUACCACCUUCUCACUCACUUCACCAUUUAAAAUGCCUUUACAGUGAAGCUUUCGACUGUGUUAGUUCUCACCACCUGUCUCCAGGUCCCAGAUCCACAAGUUAGCUCACUGGUAGGAGGCUGAGAAAGUGAGGCCAGUCUGCUUCCUUGGCUGAGCCUCUGAAGGGAAGCAUCCAUGUCUACCAACAAAUAUGUGCAAAUAACGGGGGGUGGGGAGGCAGUUGAUACAAGGGUGCAAAUGAAUGCAAAUAUAUUACUACCUGCAUCUGUGUGUACAUAUAUUGUGUUAGAAACGAAAAGAACUAAAGACUUGUUCAUUUCUUUGUGUAAAGCAGCUCUGUAGGCUUCAGUCAGGCUUGGGAAUGACAUCAAUUCCACAAGUAACCUUGGAGAGAGGAAAAAGUCAACUUGUUCUCCCUCAGUUUGUUUUUUCUUAUUUUUUUUAAAAAGAAUGUUAUCACCACA